CAUAAAAAAUACUAUCCUGCACGAAGCAGCAGGUUUUCAAAAAAUAUUGUUUAAAGUAUGGUUUCAGCCUAGAAUUCCAAAUCGAGCAACAAAUUUCGUUACUCAUUGUCAUGACAUAGUCGUCGUAGUGAAUCGGGGUGCUUCAGACUUGACUGGGGAUGGGAGAUCGGGGUAGGGGUCGUAAUAUAGUUUAUUGAUGUCAGCUAUGGAGUAGAAAGUUGCCUAUGACCGGAAACUUCUUUUCCUCUGCCUCAGCAGCGAACGAGUAACUGAUUUACCAAAGGGGAAGGAGAGGGCUGGGACUUAGAGUCACGCCUAGAAUCGACAAAAAUUAGAAAAAUUCCCAUGCUGGCGCCCAAUAACAAACCAUUCACAGUCCACUGUCCCUGUGGUCAAUAAGUUUUGAGAGACAUUCUUUACUCUGACUUGAAUUGCAUGGCUGCCUAGACAUAUGACUAGUAACCGUGAAAUUAAUACGCGAAUGUCCCUUGCGCGAAAUUAUAGAAAUUAUAGUCAGUCUGAACUGAACUGGAAGUCACAAGGAAACACCGUGAAUAUAAUGACAAGCGCCCCUUGCCCCUUUGUAUCCCUAGGCGGAGAUCGGGAAGGACUGUACACUGUCUUCCCCCGUCUCUCUCCUUUGUUUGCAUCCAUCUCUCUCCUCUUUCAUAGCAAUUAUACCCCUUCUCUCCAUAUCCUUUCCCCCCACCCCACCUUUUUUUCUCUCUCUCACGCACACUUCUUUCAUUUUAUGUGACAUUCGGAUGGGGCAGGAAUGAGAAUUCAAGUGGUGUCAAAGGGAGAAGAAAAGAGCGAGGGACUCAAAGGAGCAAAAAUGGUCGACAGGGUGAAAGUUCCAGAGUACAAAUACAGCAUAGGAAUGAGAAGAGCUUAUGGAUCCACAAAUACUUAGAUUUCUAAUCUAAGCACCACUUAGUUUCUGGAACUUAUUUCUAGCAAAUAAAUAAAUAAAAAAACGAGAACUAUAUUGCAAUGGCAAAUCAACCACGUGAACCAGAAGUGCAGGAGGCAGAAUUUGGGCCAUGGAAGGUGACCACAAUAAAAUCACAUAUCUUAAAAUCCGAUGGACCAGAACGUAAAAAAUUUGAGGCAGAACUGGAGCUACCUCAGAUUCCUGAGAUGAUAUUUGCAAAUAACACACUGCGUCUUUCACACCAGUCUGGUUUUGUCCUACACUUCAAUGCCUUGGAUGCUCUCAGAAGAGUUGAUGCACACAAUGACCAUCUCAAGGUGGCAGCUUCCAAAACAUGGCAGGAAGCUAGGGCGGAAUGUGAGCAUAUUAAGAAGGUGAUAAAACCAUAUGAUUGGACAUUCACAACAGAUUACAAGGGAACUCUGGAUAUUCAGCCAGGAUGUGAGAUGAAGGUGUCUGAAACAACUGAGCGUAUUGAUAUAGAAAAGUUGAAGCGACGAGAGAAUAUUGGUUUCUACAGUGAUGUUGUUCUGUUUGAGGAUGAGCUCUCUGACAAUGGCUGUUCCAUCCUCAGUGUUAAAAUUCGAGUGAUGCCUACCAGUUUUUUCAUUCUUAUGAGAUUUUUCUUGCGAGUUGAUGAAGUCAUUGUGCGUAUCAAUGACACCAGAAUAUAUCAUGAGAUAUCAUGGAACUACUUGAUCAGAGAGUAUACCAGUAAAGAUGAGAUGACGAGGAACCUGAAAUUACCCUCUCAUAUCCUGACUGACCCCAAUGAAGUCUCCAAGUACCUCAAAGUAAAAAACGAAAUUUGUGAGAAGCUGGAAUUUCCAGAAAGCAGGGAGCAAAAUACAAACUAUUUACAGCCAGAGACUUCAAGAUAGUGACAUAUGUUAAUGGAAUUGACACAUGGUCCAUACUCAGAGUACAGCUGGGAAAAGCAAAACUAUAAGCAAAUUAGAAAAAUGAAAAUUGUGCAAAUCAUGUGCGUGAAGUGAUUUCGCUUUUUAUAAAUGAAAAAAUCUGUGCAGAAAAAACUGCUACUUGUUACAAAUGAGUAGUGUUCACCUUGAUGUUACGGUUGCUGCAAGUGUUUUGGCUCUAUUUCUUCCCCAUGAUUUUAUCUCUGUUGCUUUGUGUAAUGUUUGUGGGGGUAAGGGGAGAAGACAUGACUGAGUGAGUGAAAGUGUAUGUAAAUAUAUAUAUAUACACUAAAAAAAAAAAAUUUAUGGUAGGCAUUCAGACAACUCCUUUUGUCCUCACAUGUUCAUAAUUAUGAGUAACUUUUUACGUUUACUCAGCAGGUUGUAAAUAAAACAUUUUGACUUUUAA